CUGUAGAAGAAUAUAUAUAUUUCUUGUACUAGACACGCACCGAGUGUUUUCGCGAAGGCUUAUAUAAUCGCACCUGUGUAACAGUUUCUCACGGAAAAAAAUCACUGUUUUCAUCAUUCAAGUUUUACCGCAACAUCAUUAUAUAAAUUUACGGCAUAUUCUUUCUUUUUCUAGGUGUUUGUCUUUGUAUGUCAGGCUCAAUGCAAAUUUAAGUGGAACAUUCAUAAAACUUAAGCAAUGGAUUUAGUGUGCAGAUAGAAAAUUCAGUAACAGAUUUAAUUCAAAGGAAAAUAUUUAAUUAAUGCGUUACAUAUAAAAAAAAAUUAAAAAAAGAUGCUAUGUAUUUGUGUCGUUAAAUUUGACAGUAAGUUUGGAAAUACUAUAUAAAAUAGCUGUGUUUAGAUGGUUCAAAGGUUAAAUAAAACAGAAUACUAGUUCAGAAUCUUCAGAAUCAAUGUGUGGCUGCUUGUAAACUUGACUGGCCGCUAUAGGAAAGAACAUUUUUCCAUUCAACACUAUUACAGAAGUGAACAAAGCCAUACACCAGGCUAACUGGCAUUGCCAUUUCAAGUGAUAAAGGUGUUUUCUAUAAAAAAAAAAUGCUUUAUGGAAUAGUUUUGUCUUUAAAAAGGGAACUUAUGUGAAACUUAAUGAAACAAAUAAGUGCUUAAUGAGAGAUGAUUGAUCACAUUUAAUGUGACUGAAGGAUAAGACUCACGAGAUAUUUCCCGUGCAACACUUGCCUUUCAGCUAUUUUUAACAAUCCUGGAAUAGCUAUGGUUUAAUUAGCAUUUUUAUUUAGUGAAAUUGUUACUUCAUUGUUCUAAACAGUUGUUAUUUAUUUGGAUCAUAAAAUUUCUGGUUGGACUACACGGGCAAAAUGGAGAACAGCUUCUUUGAGGUGAUAGAAAGUUAUCGGCGAAGACUUGAGACACACUCUUCUCAAUGUCACAGGAAUUCAGGGUCCUCAAUGCCGGACAGUUACCAUGACAACUGGAGCUUACAGAAUGGUAACUAUGGCAACUAUGCUGUAAAUAGUAACAUUGAUGGUGGAUAUGGUUGGCAGACAAAUGGGUUUGACAACUUUGGACACAUGAACAAUGCAGUCAACACCAAAGUUGAGGCACCUUUACGUAACAAAGCAUGGCAACCCAAACCUCCAAGUGACCUUGACCUUGGUAUGAACUGGAUGACCUGUAGUCAGAAUGCACAUGACCUUCAUCUUCAUGCUAAAGAAAUGUACGAGUUUGAACAAAGAAGAAUGGCAGACUGUGUAAAUGGAUUUCAACAGUCCCAAACAAGUUGGCUUCAUGGGAAAAUUCCCAAAAAUACAGGUGAUGUUUACCUAGAAGACAAUGGCUCUGUCAGUCUUAAGAAAGUGUCCCUUCCACAGUCGCCACUGGUUGAACGACGCAAUAUACGACGUCUGCCUCGACCCGUUACCACUCCAGCCGAUAUACAGAAUUUCUCGACUAUCAAAUUGGAACAGCUUCAUAGUUUCGACUCUCCUUUAAGAAACAGCAAUGGGUCUCCAAAAGUUGAGCGAGUUGCUAGCUAUGACGCCUCACAGAGAAACAGGGUAUAUGAUUCUAGUGAUUCCUCGCCGGAAACUUGUAACAUGAGAAAAAGUUUAGACACCCAGUCAUUAUCUAGCUCACCUGCACCAAGUCGUAAAAAUGGAAAACAACCUAUAUUACAAAGAUAUAAUAGCUUGUCACCGACACUUUGUCGUAAGAAAAUCGCCGACAAACUGUCACCAGCAUCGUUGCGGAAGUCAGUGAUUUUACGAAGCUCCAGAAAAUCUGAGCCAAUUUCUGUGGAUAUGUGCAGUGGAUGUGGUUUCCCGCUACGGGAUGAAAACAGGAUCUCGGUGUCAGCAAGGGGAGGGAAGCGUAAACAGUUUCACGGGGAAUGCUUCAAAUGCUCCAUGUAAGUUUAUUUUUCCGAUUUUCCGAUAAAGGCAUGAAU